AUGGAGGGCUGCGCCCAUCCGUUAACAAGCCAGCUACAGCCCAUUUUCAGCGAAUUACAUUCUGGGAAGUUGGCGACGCUGUCAUCUACUAUUUCGAAGCUGGAAAACGUUCUUAAGGACCAAGGUGACGGCUUCUUCCAAAGUAACUCCGAAUGUCAGUCCAGGGAGGCCAACUUGAGACUUUCGGUUUGGAUUAGCUCCCAAAUAGGACAGCUUUUUAGGAGACCAGAGACUCAACGUGCCGCGAUAUUGUGUGUCAAAACGCUCCUAGAUGUGGAGUAUGAGGCCAUCAACAACUUGGACCAGACGUUUCUUAGGCUUCUGGAAGACUCUGUGAAGUGUGCUGACAUGAGCGUCUCGAGGAUGGCUGCAGAGGUGUGGGGACUCUGGCUGAACAAUAGUGGCACUUCUACCGAAGGAAUUGCACAGUCCAGACUGAAAAUUUGUUUUGCCGAUCUUCGGGAAUCGGACAAAGUAAUGGAUAAGGUUGCUGCGUGCCUGUUUCUUGAGGAGCUCCUUAAGCGCACCCCGUCGACUGUUGCACCGUUGCUCGACGUCGUUGCCGAAUGUCUUCAUCCGGCAGUUCUUAGUUCCUCGGAUCUCGUUCAGGCAAGCGCGGCAACAGCUCUGCGGUACGUUCUGUUGCUUAUGUAUACAUCGAUGAAUCCGAGUGGAAUCAAAAAGUGGUAUGAAACAUUUUUAAGUGCUUCGCUUGAUGCUCUGAGAUCAGGUGCCCCUGAGCGCCGCACUGGUGCCAUUCGUUGCUUCAACGCUGUUAUGUCAUCCGUCACGAGCAAUGUCUCUGCGUGCGACACGGCUGUGACUUUUUCAGAAACAUCGGUUGCUCACGUUCAUGAGAUAUGGGAAUAUGUCAGUGAGCAAGUGACGCUCACCAGCACGCUGGAGCUGAGGCGGGAGCUUCUACAGUCGUUAACUAUACUUGCACUGUAUGACACUGAGGCGUUUAAGAGGAUGUCUAUUGCAAAAGUUGUGGAAGCGGCUUCUGGUGUCUUCCAGACGCCGACAGAAAAAGAUUUGGAGCCGUUAGUGUUCCAAACCCUGGGAAAGCUCGCAGGAGUUAUGCCAGAUCAAAUAGUCACAUUUCUUGGUUGUUCAAUGCGUCAUAUUGAAGAGGUACUGAAACAAGGGAGGCAUGAUGCGUGCGGUUUGGGGGCCAUUGCGUGUGUUGCUGCGUUCGCAGAAGUGAAUCCCAGGGCGGUGCGACCGUACCUGCGGCAGAUUCUUGCACCCAUUCUUUCCGGGUCGCUUACUGUUGACUUUGCGAAGGGCGUUGCCCGCAUUUGUGCGGCGUUUCCCGAACUGCGGUCCACAUGCCUGUCGAAGAUAUUGGAGGUAGCAAAGAAACAACUGCGAGACGACCGGUGUAACGCAGGCGGCGCGGGUGCUUUGUGCGAUGGAGGAGUCAGUCCCGCAGCACAGAUUCUCAGCGCUCUAAGUAAUCUCGAGUUUGCUGGGUAUCCUACUUUGCCCUUUCUGUGUGACACGGCCGUUGCUUACGUUUCGGUCCCUAACGGAGAGGUUCGACGUGCCGCAAUAAAGCUUUGCUUUAAGCUUGUGUUAUCUGGUUGUCUAGGCCCGCAGUCGCCUUGUAGGCAAACUUCUGAUGGUGUUGUCAUACAUAGCGGCUGUGAGCAUACUCAACUUUUCAACAAAGUAAUCAAAAAACUGGUGAACGCUGCGGUAGCAGACCCGGAGAGUGACAUCAGACUUGACACUUUGAGAAACUUUACGGAGGAAUUUGACCAUACGCUUGCUCUCCGUGAUGUUGUGAGGUCUCUGUUUCCUGCCUUGCAUGACAAACACCAGAACAGAUUGGCGGUUGUCCGUCUUCUUGGUCGGGUGUCGCGUAGGAACCCAGCACAUGUUUAUCCUAUGCUAAGGAGAAUUAUGGUGCAGUGUGUGACCGAAAUGCAAUACUUCGAGCAUGCGAAGAAGCAAGAGCAGGCCUUUUCCGUGCUGGGUGCCAUAAUUGAAUCUGCGCCUGGCUUGGGUAAGCCUUAUAUAUCGUCCUUGCUCAACAUGUGUGCAGCAAGACUGAGCGAUGGGACGCGGGAAGCGGACGUCUGCGCAGCUUUGCUGUCAUGUGUGGGGAAACUCGUCCGUUAUGCUGAAGGUGACGACAUUCGCGUUUGUGCUCGAAUACGACCCAUCGUUGUUCAACACAUCUUAGAUUCGUCACAUUUACCGAAGAAAAGGGAGGCGCUACGUGCUCUCGGUGAUAUCGUUCGUACGACAAAGGACGUUAACGUUUACGAGGACCACGCAGAACUCCUUCCUGUGCUCCUUCAAGCAUUGCACGGUGGAUUUAAAGAACUGUGGCCUGUCAGGAAAGAUGUGCUUCAGUUAAUGGGGAUAAUUGGUGCUGUUGACCCUGUUCGGGUAAAGGAAAUCCUCCGGGGGUCUCGUGUUAACAAUAAUACGAAAUUGGUACCUUUCCUUCCGUUUGAGGGUGAAGAUACCAUUGCCCAGACGGUUGUGCGGAGCGUCUUGCAUAUUCUUUCUCUUCCGUCACUAACAGAGGAUCAAAGUGUGGCUGCUGUGCAGGUUAUCGUUGGCAUUUUUUCACUGGAGGUGCUUUCCCCCGGCUGUCUUGUUUCGUUCUACGGUGAGGUGAUUUCUUCCAUCCAAAAGCAAGCUCGAGUACAAGUGCGCAAACGGGAGGAAAUUUUGGUGCACCUCAUCUCACUUGUUCGCAUUCUGAAGGGACAUCUUCGCCCUCAUCUUAAGGAAAUCACAUCUACUGUUGAUUCCUUCAUUUCUGCCACCGACCUGUCCGUUCUGAGGCAGGUUUUAGCGUUGCUAAAGGAGCUGUGCUGCUCUCUUCGUGAGGAGUUUCGACCGUAUAUGUCGUCUCUCCUCGGUCCAAUAAUAGUCCUUGUGGAAGAAAAUGUGGAGGAAACCAGUGAAAUUGUGCUUGACUUCUUCUCGGCUAUGGGUUCCCUAUUGGAGGACCACCUCCAUACCGUCUUGCCGGUCGUGUGCAACAUCAUUGUAGAUACUUCUGUGCCAUCUAGGUGUCGGAUUGUUGCGGUGAAAACACUCAUUUGCUUUACGAAGAGGCUACCUGAUCUCUGUUUCCACGCCUCCCGCUGCGUGCACUGUCUGUGCCGUGUGCUAAGGGAAUCCGACGGCGGAGAUGGGGUGGGCGAUGAGGGGAGACUGGGGUUUUCCGCGAUGGAGGCCUUGUGCACACUCGCGGGAAGUUUGGGGAAGAACUUCGAAAACUUUGUCCUGGUCGUUUUACCGGCGGUAGCAGACCGCUACGGGGAGACAAGCGGGGAGUACUGUCGCUUUUGCCAUGAUAUUUAUGAGGCCAUCGAUGGAAAGAGGGCCCCUGAAGUUUCAUCGAACGGCGUGGGCAAAGCUGGUGGCGGUGGUGCACCUUCGCUUCCUUUCACCGCAGGGACGAGCGCAUCACCGUUAAAGGAUCGUGCCGACGCAUACGCUUCUCUCCGGUUUCACCUCCGGAAGCGGGACCAGGCUAGUGACGAAGAUUGGAACCAUUGGCUACCGCAGCUUGCAGUGAACUUGCUGCGAUCAAGCUCGUCUCCUUCACAUGGCCGUGCUCUGACUCUUGCCGAACUGCAUGAGCCCUUUGCACGACAGAUGCUGCACUCCGCUUUUGCCGCUUGCUAUGCCGACAUGGAUGAACAUACACAACGUGAGGUGGUUGGGUUACUCACUGAGGUUUUGCGCGGGCUGCGGGUACCCAGUGAGGUUAUGCAAGAGCUACUCAACCUGUCGGAGCAUAUGGAGCGUCAGGGGAUUCGUCUAAGCGCCGGCGGGAAGGCAAGCAUAAAGCAUUCCUCUAACUUUUGCCCUUUCGACCGCCAAGUUCUUAUGGAGAGUAGUGCAAAUUGCAAUUUGUACUCCAAGGCACUACAUUACGCUGAGAUCGAAUUUUUUGAGACGGUUCGCGAGUACGAGCGGAGUAUUCUUCGAGGUUGCCCAAAGCCUCUUCCUGUUAAGGAUUGGCAGAAUCUUAUAAAACUCUGUGAGAAAAGUAUCUACUUCUGUAACCUUCUUGGACAGCGAGAGAGCGCAAAUGGCAUACUUAAAUUCAUUCGGCAGAAUCUACCGUUAUUAACAGGGAAAAAAGUGACAGAGCUGUCCCAAAUGAUGGAUGCGCACCUCUUUGACAAGCUGCGGUGGUGGUCGCAAAGCCUGCAGGCAUACGAGCGGCGCUUACAGCAGGAACCAAACAAGGUUUCCAACAUGGUUGGUUUACUAAGGGCACUCGAUGCCUUAGGUGAGUACCCGCGCGUGUUGGAAAUGUGGAGGCAGUUCUCUAAGCGAGUCAGCAAAAGAGAAGUCUCCAAAUUGGCGUCGAUGGGCGCCCACGCGGCUUGGCUCCUGAGACGUUGGGACGAUAUGGAACACAUCACGAGUUUUAUGUCUGACGAAGACUACACAGGGACAACCGCUCUUUUCUAUAAGGCUACGCUAGCAGCGCGUAAAAAAAGGUUCCGUGAGGCGGAGAAGUUGAUCGACAUGUGCCGCAAGCGCGUCGACUCCAAGCUGUCCGCUCUUGUUGCGGAGAGCUACGAUCGUGCAUAUGACCUUUUCGUCGGCAUUCAACAGUUGAGUGAGCUGGAAGAGCUUGCGAUGGCCACUAGUGAUCCACAGAGCGCCAUGCAUUGGAGGCAACUGUGGGAGCGCCGACUGUCCGUAAUGGCUUACGAGGGGUGGCCCGGCACGCUAGCGAAUCAUACCCUUUUGGUGCCUCCAUCAAGUGAGAUCGAUAUGUGGUUGCGUUUUGUUAGUUUGAGCCGUGCACAUGGUCAAGGGAGUGUCUCCACUGAAGUUUUACGCGAGUUACUUGGCAACCAAUCUAUAGAGUCUGCUAUAGAAAACGGAAUACCGACUCCCGCUGUUGCAAUGGGAUCAUUUCAACACCUCUAUGAAACGAACCAGAGGGACUCAGCGAUUGCAAGACUGCAGCUGUACGUGAGCAAGGUGGAGGGCUCUGGAGCACAGCACGUCAGUAGGGAACGAGAGGAUAUGGCCGUUUGUCACGCCAAAUUGGCGGAGUGGUUGGUUCAUCAAAAGAAGGCACAUCGUACGGAGGACGAAUUGCAAAAAAUUUUUCAUCACCUCCGUCGCGCCACUGAGUUGGACAAAAGCAACGGCUCGAUUUGGCGCACGUUAGCGCGUGUACACCGUGAGGCGGCUACCAAACCCGCUGACGGAUCCGACUCCUCGGGUGCAAGUGGCCACAUCAUGGAGGCCCUCAGUGCCUAUUUGCGGAGUGUGUCCCUCUCCGAGGAACUAGAAGAUGCCCUUGGGUUUCUUUCCCUUUGGUUCAUGUAUGGACCUCUUCUGGCUGUGCAGGUGGGCUCGACCCUCAAGGAGGAAAUUGAGGAGGUUAACCCGACUGUGUGGCUCAAAGUGAUUCCGCAGAUCAUAGCGCGUAUAUCUUCACCCAACGGUACCGUAGCGGAUUCUGUUUAUAAUCUUCUCGUGUUGGUCGCAAGAAGGCAUCCGCAAGCCAUUCUCUACAGCCUGAACGUCGCCCACUCAAGUUAUCAGGGGAAGGGUACGGCAGACGGUGUGGAGCCCUUGAAGGGUUCUCAUCGAGUACUUGCUCGAAUUGCGGAGAUUCACCAGAACGGUAAGGCGAUGGUCGAAGACUCCGCACUUGUUUGCCGUGAGUUGGUUCGCUGCGCUGUGCUCUGGCCCGAGCUGUGGAUCAACGAACUAGGGAGAGCUUUAUACCAGUGGGAAAGACAAAGAAGCGCAGAGAAUCUCUUGUUGGCGAUGGGACCGUUACUGGAACAGCUCAAGAGACCUGAGACAAUGGCGGAGGCGCAGUUUGCUGCGGAGCUCAGGCAACCACUCGAGAAUGCAUGCUGCCAUGUUGAGAGGGCUGUUUCUUCUCGCCAUGAACAAUUUAUGGAGGAGGCACGACGUAUUUUUGUUUCUAUAGAGAGAAGAAUACGUGAACAGAUUAGUGGAAUGUCAUCGUUGGCAUUGCAGUUGGUAAGCCCUAAACUGCACCAAAACGGGAGAAACUUGUCAUUGGUUGUGCCAGGUCAGUACAGGGAGGACGGAAACUAUCCCCUGAUUGCUUCCUUUCAGAAUGUUCUGAAGGUGCUUAACUCAAAACAGCGGCCUCGGCGUAUUUACAUCAACGGGUCGAAUGGCGAGAUCUACAAGUUCUUGCUGAAGGGUCAUGAGGAUCUACGUUUGGAUGAAAGGGUUAUGCAGUUACUUGGGUUUGUCAACACUAUUCUUGAGAAGCAUUCGGUUGCAAAGCGCCAUGACUGCCUUAUCCAGACGUACUCAGUCACCCCUCUUAGCGAUAAUGCUGGACUGGUAGGUUGGGUGGACCACUGCGACACACUGAACAAAAUCAUUGAGGAUUAUAGAGUGAAUCCCAGGUGUAUUAGGAUGGAGCUUGACCUUAUGAGAAGUAUGUGUGACAAUCUGUACUAUCUUACCGCCAUUCAACGUGUGGAGCCGUUUGAGUUUGCGUUGGAGCGAACUGAGGGAGUGGAUCUCGUUCGCUCCUUCUGGGUGAAAGCUCCCAGCGCGGAGACGUGGCUUGAGAGGAGGACGACAUACGUUUGCUCACUCGCCACCAUGUCUAUGGUGGGGCAUAUAUUAGGACUGGGUGACCGUCACCCUUCAAACCUUAUGAUACACGCAUUUAGCGGGAGAGUGGUGCACAUUGACUUCGGCGACUGCUUUGAAGUGGCGCAGCAGCGAAGCAUUCACCCUGAAAAGGUACCGUUUCGACUUACUCGUAUGUUGGUUAAGGCAAUGGAAAUGGGGGGAAUAGAAGGUCUCUUUCGGCAUGGGUGUCACACAGUGAUGAAUGUUUUGCGUGAAGAGGGUGGUAGUCUCUUAGCAUUACUUGAGGCAUUUGUUCACGACCCCUUGGUGUCUUGGUGGCGUGAUGAGGCUGAGGGUUUUAGUGGGAACGGCCAAGCCGCUUCAUCGGUACAAACAAUCUCGGUUAUAGGCUCCAUGACGAACGUUGCUGAGGAGGACAGCGUGGGGAGUCUGCAGUUGUCACAGUUGUCGGUGCAACGGCGAGCAACCACUCAGCAGCGCGUGAAUGCCAACAUCGAAAAGGACACUAGUCAGACUCGCAAACCUAAAAGUGUCGUCAAACGUAUUAAAAGGAAGUUAAGGGGUCUGGAGUUUCCUCAAUCACAGGAGGGUAAGGGCAGCGAUGGUUUUACAGUGGAGGAACAAGUGUCGAGGUUGAUUGAAGAAGCAACUUCUAACGAAAACCUUUGCGUUCACUUCCUCGGGUGGUGCCCUUUCUGGUAG